AUGAUUGCGACGGCUUGUACUGGUGCGUAUUUUUAUGGAAUCGUACGCAUUGAUCACGCCGCCUCUCCGCAUAGUCGUUAUUGUCAAGCCCUCCGUGCCCAAGUCAGGUCUAAAAACAGCCACAGACCAUGCAUGCCAUUUCCGACCUUGUUGGCGAAACGGUCUGAUGGCGUUCGCCUUCCUUCUGGCCCAGCAGCGGAAUCUCGAAUCUGCAACCCGCCAGCUGUUGCAGGGGAUGUCGUUAUUUUCGUCGUAGAUGUCUGGUCGGCCAAGUCUGAGCUGGAUACGCCAUUGUAA